AUGUGGCUCUUCCGAGUCUUCUCGUCGGCCGUCUUCCUCGCCGUGGUCGUCUCCUCCAUCCCGCUGGCCUUCGACGUGGGAGGCAAAGUAUGCGGUCUGGCCUUCUCGCUUUCCCUCGCCGCCUUCUACUUCCUGUUCUCGCUGCUGAAGCUCUCCACCCCCGAGCGCUCGUGGUUCCGGUCGUCCCUGGUCGUCGUGAUCAGCUCUACCCAAUGGAUCUUGAUCCCAAUCCUCUUGAUCUGGUCUCUGAAUCGCUUCUCGGUCGAUGCGGAUAGUAGCGGUGGGUGGGUGGAGCGUACUUUCAGUGGGAAGAGAGCGGCCGAUGGCUCGAUCCAGGAGUGGCUCUUUGGUCGCGAUGGUCUGGUGGAAAUGGUGACCCUGGGCAACUGGGAUCGACUGCUGCGCUGGUCCACCCCCGUGUUCCAGCUCGCAGAGGGCUUCUGCAGUUUGCUGGUCAUCCAGGCCGCUGGCCAAAUCACCCGGUGGCUUGUGAAUCGAGGCGGGCGAAGCGACAGCUGGAUGAUUGGACUCCUCGUUCUCUCCGCGACGGUCAUCUCCAGCUCUGUGUACUUCCUGUGGCGCGUCCUCCAGUUCCCCGAGAUUUCCAACGUGGAUGCGGCCCUGAUCGGGGUCUCCGUCACAUGUGCCGUCAUCCUGUGCGCCUGGGGUAUUGGUAGUGGGCGCGGCAACCCCGUGGAGAGCUCUCUGCUCUUUGCCUACAUCGUCCUCUGCAUCUACCAGAUCUUUACGGACUAUCAGCCUUCACAUCCUGUGGAGCAGAUCCCCUCGCCUACGCAGGCGGGUGAUUUCCCGCCGCUCCCUCCGAUUAUCAUGGCAUCCUACACCACCCUCAUGCAUGCGCUGUCUUUGCUGCCCUCGAUUAUCCACGCGGCAUUCAACGUGAUCACAGCCGUCUUCAGCGCUGUUACCCCCUCUGUCCUGAUCUCGCUCGCGUACCGGUUACUCGUGCUAUACGCGUCGACGCGCAUUAUCCCCGCCGUACGGGAAUCUGGAGCCCGUGCCCUCUCACAAGAGGCCUCUCUGGAUGAUUCCGACGCGGCUGGCCAGCUUCUGGGCAUCCUGAGCUAUUUCUCCCCGUCCAUCCUCAUUUCCGUUUACACCAGUCUUCUGAUGCAACAUUUCUCGUCCACGUCCCAAGCGAUGGGCGGUAGCGGCGAGUGGUGGAGUAGCCAAGGAGGCGGCGGGGGCAAUCUUUGGAGAUGGAUCAAUCUCGCUUGCACCAUGGCACUCUAUGCAGUUGAACUCUGGCUCGGCGAGCAUGACGAUAUCGACAAUGGUCUGGCCGGGCACUGGAAGACCGACUGA